UUUGUUUCUUCUUCUUCAAUUUUGACCAUCUCCAACGCUCAACAGUUAGAACGGCGCAUCGAAAAUAGAUAAUGGAAGUGGAGAUGAUAACUGAAUUUUUUGCUCAACUUUAAAUUGUCACCUACAUUAAAAUGGCAAUGAGGCGCGACAUAAAAAGUGUCUGGAAAUAUAAAACAAUUUCCUUAGCAGGAAAAUUCCUCGUUUUGCAAUGUGUGAUUGCGCAAAUAAAUUCAGAAAUAUCUCUGCCAGGGAAAUAUUCAAAACCAUGUUCGAAUUACAAACCAGGCGAAGACGAUUUGCAAACCUUCGAUUUUGUAAGAAGAUAUAAUUUAGAUGUGUUAGGAAAUCAUUAUUUAAACAAAAUUUUCAAAGUGAAGGGUACCAACCGGAUGCAGACAGCCUACAGAUUAGAUAAGGAAGCGGAUGUUACAAUUCCCACCAAGGAUAUUUUUCCUUCUGGAUUGCCCGAAGAAUUCAGCCUGGUAAUUACAAUGAGAAUUAACAGAUUAUCAAAGGCAUCGUGGCAACUUAUGAGAAUUUAUAAUUUCAAAAAUGAUUCCGAGUUUGCAAUCAUCCUAAAUCCAAAAAGGCAGACUAUUGAAUUUUCCAUUUUGGACCUCAAGGGUACUCAGCAAAUAAUUUCAUUUUUUGCACCUCAGAUUUUCAACAAAAAUUGGCACAAGAUUCACUUUGGAGUAUUUUAUCAAAGUGUCGUUCUUUACAUUGACUGCAAGAAAGUUGCAACUAAAGGAAUAAAUUUACGUGGAUUUAUCGAUGUCAGCGGAAAUAUUGCGCUGGCGAAAAUAUUUAAAGGCAAUGCAACGGUGCCAAUUGAUUUGCAGUGGAUGGUACUAAAUUGCGAUCCCACUCGACCUGAAAGAGAAACUUGUGAGGAAAUUCCAGGCAAUAAUGCUGGAUCAGUGCAAAAAAAUGUUCAGCAAUGCAAUAAUAUUUGUCCUUUAAUUUUUAACAGUACACUCGCAAAUUCGCAAAUUUCGAGAAAAGGAUAUAAUAUUAAAAUCGGACUUCCUGGACUGAAAGGCGAGAAGGGAGAUUCGGGACCAGUGGGUCCACCAGGUCCAUCUUGCAAAGUGUGUUAUCCAAAUCUAAAUUAUUCUCACGUGGAUAAAAAAAUGGAUUCAAAAGGAGAUUUUUAUUUGAGGGGACAAGGUGGAUCAAAAGGACAAACUGGUCCAGCUGGCCCUGAGGGGCCAAGAGGACCCCCAGGCAUUCCUGGAAAAGAUGGAAUACAUGGAAAAGAGGGUGAAAAAGGUUUCCCGGGGAAAUCUGGCGAGCCUGGACUUCAAGGUCUUCCAGGAGAAAAAGCUAGCGAAGAUAUUAUUCGAGAUGUUUGUGUCAGAAUUUGGACAGAAAAAAUAUCAGAGAUGAUGGAAUUUUUCGAGGCACAGGUACACGUUUUUGGAAGUAAGCCAGGAAGACGAGGUCCUCCAGGUCCUCCAGGAUCUCCAGGUAUUCCUGGUACACUUGGAGAAAGAGGACCAAUGGGUCCGCCGGGCCCAGAGGGCCCAUCUGGCUUUCCUGGAACAGAUGGCCUUCGAGGCGAAAAGGGAGAAAAGGGUGAUGCAGGAACUGGCCUUCCAGGCCCUAUUGGCUUUCCGGGAACUCAAGGUCCCCAAGGUAACGAUGGUAGACCCGGUCAACCUGGACGACCAGGUGAUAGAGGCGAACCCGGUAGACCAGGUCAGCCUGGAUCGCAUGGACAACCAGGAUUAUCCGGACCUCCCGGAUUUUGCGAAUUUUGCAAUUAUCCGAAUGUGCAAUAUUCUUACAAUGAAAAAGGGCCUUAAUUUAGGAA